AUGGAGGAAGGCCGCGUGCAUUUUGAGGACCAGCCGCAGCGCCAUGCGGCGAUCCUCGAGGCCUUGGAUCACGUCGAGAAUCAACUCGUGCUGGCGGUGCAAACGGCCGGCAGCGCCAUGGAGCACAUGGCCGCGAUCACGACCGAGGGCCGCGACGCCGAGUUCCAGCGCACGUCGACCGAGUUCCUCCAGCUCGUGCGCAGCAUCCACGCCGAGCUUGCCAAGCACGCGCACCUCGUGCAAGACUACCGCAGCUACGGCCGCAGCACGUACGGCGUCGAGAAGGACGCGGACCUCGCGCGGAAGAAGGUCAAGAUGAUCCUGGCGACCCUGCGCGACCUGCGGCGAUACACGGACGAGCACAUGAGUACCGAAUAA